UGUAAAAAUCAGUCGGUAAACCAGCUGGUUUUCCGGUGCUAGACGACUUGACAGCUCGAGUGAACGGGCGGCUCAGGACUUCGGGACUAGGCGAGUGAGUACCAUAAAAUAAAAACGCCAUACAACCCAACAAUUAUUUAUUACUUCUUGCCAUUAUAUUCCCAGCAUCCUGCCUAAUAACGGAAUACAAGACAGUAUUCCUUCCACUUCAAGAAGACUGUUUUCUAGCAAAAUUCUAUAGAAAUCCUGUCAAAGAAUAUGAAGAAAAACAGAGAAAGAUUCUGCAAUCGAGAGAGAGAAUUUGUGUAUGAAUUUAAAGUAGGAAGUCAGUGCUUAGAACUGAGAGUGCCCCUCAGAUUUCCUGUUCAAGAGAAUGCCAGUCAUUUGCAUGGACGUCUGAUGCAGCUGCACAAUUUACCGUGCUUUAUAGAGAAAGACUUAAAAGAAGCUCUGACUCAGUUUAUAGAAGAGGAAUCCCUCAGAGAUUAUGAUAGAGAUGCCGAAGCGUCCCUGGAAGCUGUGAAAUCAGGUGAAGUAGAUUUACAUCAGCUGGCGAGUACAUGGGCCAAAGCUUAUGCUGAGACUACAUUAGAGCAUGCAAGGCCUGAAGAACCCAGCUGGGAUGAAGAUUUUGCAGAUGUUUACCAUGACUUAAUUCAUUCUCCUGCCUCUGAAACUCUUUUAAAUUUGGAACAUAAUUACUUUGUUAGUAUCUCAGAACUGAUUGGUGAAAGAGAUGUGGAGCUGAAAAAAUUACGAGAGAGACAAGGUAUCGAAAUGGAAAAAGUGAUGCAGGAAUUGGGAAAGUCACUGACAGAUCAAGAUGUAAAUUCACUGGCCGCCCAGCAUUUUGAAUCCCAGCAAGACCUAGAAAAUAAAUGGUCGAAUGAAUUAAAACAAUCAACUGCCAUCCAAAAACAAGAAUAUCAAGAAUGGGUAAUAAAACUUCACCAAGACCUAAAAAACCCCAACAACAGCUCCCUUAGUGAGGAAAUUAAAGUUCAACCAAGUCAGUUCAGAGAAUCUGUAGAAGCAAUUGGAAGGAUUUAUGAGGAACAGAGAAAGUUAGAAGAAAGUUUUACCAUUCACUUAGGAGCCCAGUUGAAGACCAUGCAUAAUUUGAGAUUGCUGAGAGCAGAUAUGCUGGACUUCUGUAAGCAUAAAAGAAAUCAUCGAAGUGGUGUGAAACUUCAUCGGCUCCAAACAGCACUGUCGCUUUAUUCUACAUCUCUCUGUGGCCUGGUUUUACUAGUGGAUAAUCGAAUUAAUUCAUAUAGUGGUAUUAAAAGAGAUUUUGCCACAGUUUGCCAAGAAUGCACUGACUUCCAUUUUCCCCGAAUUGAAGAGCAAUUAGAAGUUGUUCAACAGGUGGUCCUUUAUGCUAGAACCCAGCGCAGGAGUAAGUUGAAAGAAUCACUUGAUUCUGGAAACCAGAAUGGAGGAAGUGAUGAUAAGACUAAGAAUGCUGAGAGAAACUAUUUAAAUGUUUUACCUGGAGAAUUUUAUAUUACACGGCAUUCUAAUCUCUCAGAAAUCCAUGUUGCUUUCCAUCUUUGUGUGGAUGACCAUGUGAAAUCGGGAAACAUCACUGCUCGUGAUCCUGCCAUUAUGGGACUCCGAAAUAUACUCAAAGUUUGCUGUACCCAUGACAUCACAACAAUAAGCAUUCCUCUACUGCUGGUACAUGAUAUGUCAGAGGAAAUGACUAUCCCCUGGUGCUUAAGGAGAGCGGAACUUGUGUUCAAGUGUGUCAAAGGUUUUAUGAUGGAAAUGGCUUCAUGGGAUGGAGGAAUUUCUAGGACAGUGCAAUUUCUAGUACCACAGAGUAUUUCUGAAGAAAUGUUUUAUCAACUUAGUAACAUGCUUCCCCAGAUCUUCCGAGUAUCAUCGACACUCACUCUGACAUCCAAGCACUAAACCCUUAUAGAUUGACACGCUGGCAGAAGGUGAUUGUUAAACUCUCCAGAAACUUGUGCUGUGUUGGGAUUCUGUCGAGCAAAAGAUUUCCAGAAAGAGAACCUGCAAUUAAGCCACAAAUCAAGAUAUGUAUCUGUUAAACCAUUCCAAAAAUUUAUAGACUGCACAAACUAGUGAUCAGCCACUAACUUAAACAUUUUUUUUUUCUCUGA